AUUCCGCCAAUCCUUAAUAACUGAAAAGUUACAAUUCCACUAUUCCCAGAUUUAUCAUUAUUUACAGUAACACACGUUAUGACGCAACCAAAGGCGCAUCGAUAGGAUUGAAUACAGAAGCAUGUGGAUUUAAUGACAAAUUCCCUGGAAUCAUUCCACAUCUGUCCGCGAAGUCAGAAUUUUUCAAUAUUUACAAUGGACGGACCAAUCAACGCAAGCUAUGACGUAUAAGAUAUCUUCGUGUUCUUCUCAUUAGACUUGACAAGCAUCACGCAAUGCCAAUUAGAGCUGUCCGUUUCGGUCUAAAACCCGAAAAAUGUCUCCAAGUAUCGACUACAUUUUACAAUAUUUGAGUAUAGCACUGCUGUACUUUGUGGGAUUCUUAGGAGGCACUCACGUACUGGGCAUCCUUACGCUUUACCAAAUAUUUUUUUAUACACCCUUAUGGCCGGUUGUACUUCUCUAUUUAUCAUGGACGUAUCUUGUUGAGUGGAAAACCCCAGAACGUGGCGGAAGAGACCUUCUGAUAAACUUUGUACGAAGGCUCUCUGUUUUCAAGUACAUGAGGGAUUACUAUCCUAUUACCCUCGUCAAAACUAGCGACCUCGAUCCACAGAAGAAUUAUAUUUUUGGAUAUCAUCCCCAUGGAGCUUUUACCGAAGGAGCAUCGAUAGGAUUGAAUACAGAAGCAUGUGGAUUUAGUGACAAGUUCCCCGGAAUCAUUCCACAUCUGUCCGUGACAUCAGGUACUCUAAAUCAACUCGAAUCGCCAUAUUAUCGAUCAGCAAUCCUUAAAGCCUUGUUAUACCGUGAUAUUCUGAUGGCCCUUGGCGUAAUCGAUGUAUCACGUCACAGCUUGGAAUACAAUCUGACGCAGAAGGGGGCGGGACACUCGGUUGUCAUCGUUGUGGGAGGAGCAGCGGAGAUUCGUGAAAUGGGCUUUGACAGCUACGCACUGAUAAUAAAACGGCGGAAAGGAUUCAUGAAACUGGCUUUGCAAACUGGGUCCGAUCUCGUCCCUGUCUUUGGGUUUGGACAAAAUAAUAUUUAUCAAGUUAUUGGCGGCAGUAGAUCCUCUCAAUUUUCACGAUUUCAGCGUUGGCUCAGGUCUUUUACUUCUUGCUUAGGAACUUGCUUUCUUCCGAAACGAUCUCCAAUCAACGUUGUUGUGGGAUCACCUGUUCCUGUGACCAAGAUUGCCAACCCAACACAGGAAGAGAUAGACCAACUUCACGCGCAAUAUUUAGAAGCACUUACCGAUCUGUACGAGAAAAAUAAGGACAAGUAUCAUCCAACAGGGACUUCAGAGUUAUUGAUCAUUUAGCUAUGAAAGUAAGCCUCAAAAGUGUUGUUCCAGCAUCAGUAAAUCAAGUCUGUUUCGUUCUGUUUUUUUCCGUUUUUAUCCUCUCACACAAAGACCUUGCCAGGCAAGUGUAUGGUGACUACAUUGAACAGAGAACAAUUAAAACUGGCCGAUUUUCUCACAGCUUCCUGUCUUUGCCUAUUGUAAACCUCAACUUCACACUUGCAUUUCAUUGAGAUAAUCGCGGUAAAUAUUUCCGAUGAAUUUUAGAUGGAGAGAGUUUAACAACUACGCUUGCAGCAGUUAGCAAGAAUUUAACUCUUGUAGUGUGCCGCUUUCAGUCGUUUGUCGCAUUAAUUCGAAGAUAUUCUUUUGUGUACGAGGAGGUUACAAAGGUUGUGCUUCUUUAGCAUAGAAUUCGAAUCAAGUUUAGCG